AUUUCCGUUUGUCGCUUGGAGAGAAAUAUUUUCAGCACAUUGCCAAGUUUCUGGUGAGAGUUGUCGUGUGCUGUUCUUGUUAGAGGACUGAAUUUUGGCACGAUGAGUCGAGGAACAACGACAUUAAGUGGCGACAUUAAGGUGGAAAAGCACCAGAUGAAAUGGGAUCCCAAAACCUUAGAAAUCCGCACGCAUUCGGUGGAGAAAACGCUCGAACCUCUUGUUCAUCAAGUAAGCUUAAAUUCUCAAUGUUGUUUAUGUCAGAUAAUUCCUAACAACCCAGCACUGAUUCGGCAUGAUUUUACGAUAUGACUCAGGCAAGAGGUUGUUUGUUAAAUUGUGGUUGUUUGUGGAGGAAAACUGCUGGAUCUUUAUGUUCGAUCAGCCGCUAUCGCUACUCGUAUACUCUGUAUAUAUAUCGCGGCAUGAGAUUUUUUAACUAAACGAGGUAUAAAUUAUUCGUGAAAACAACAGUUACAGCUAAAUUUUCUUUUGCAAUGCGCCGUGAAGUCCGUCCAAGUAAGCAUUUUCCAUCGAAAACACCAUCCUGUGCGCAGAUAUAUUUCAAGUGACAAAUGGAGAGCGUUGGCCUUGAAAAUUCGUCCCUUAAGCUUGUGAUGGUUGACUUUAACACAUUUUACGAUUACGGCGUUUUAUCAAUAAAUUGACAUUGUCUACAAUUUAAUGACAGUCAAAGGAAAUUUUUGCUUUACUGUUUCGCCUUUUCACGAUCGCCAGAUUUUGUUUAUGCCGAAAAUGUAAGCUGUAAACGUUUGAUAAGCUGUUUAUAAGAGAGUUAUAACAACCGGUGUCUCGUUGCACACAAAUUUAUAAAGCAUUUGCGCCAUUUGCUGGAGGGCGCGACCCCUCGAGAGCUUUCGAAUUAGCUCAAUAAAGAGCAAUUUAAGAGGAUCUUUUCAAAUUGGCAAGAACAGAACUUUAUGAGAAUGUUACUCUUGCUUUCUGUGGGAAUUAUUUUUGCCCAACCUCAAUGAUUUUGCGGUCAUAAAAGGCUUAUUCAAGUGUGACUUUACCUUUCGUUCCCAUAAUUAUAAAAACAUAAGAUUCCGUAUGGGGUACGUAGCAAUGUCUGAUGAGAUUUAUGAAAAUUCCGUUUUCAAGCCUUUAUUGUGACUGUUUGUAACUUUUUUAAACGGCGGGAAAAUGUAUACUUUUGUACGCUGUAUUCAGGGCUGUGCUCUAGCAGAGCCCGGUACUAGAAAAUCUCAGAUUUUUCAUACAAAUCAUAUGCUGGGCACCCUAGAUUUUACAGUUUCAGAGCACUGGGCCUUAGAGCACAGCCUUGUGUAUUAGUUAAGUCUUGCACCCGUCAGGCAUUGCAAAUAUCAUGUUGAAGGGUGUCUGUUGCCAAUUUUUGAGGCAACUUACCUGAAUACUUCAGUUGGAGAUUUGGGGGGAAAACGAUGCGGCCAACAAUGCAUAGGUGGUUUUCAUGCAGUCUCGGGAGACGCAAAUAACAAUGGUGAAAUGAACAAAUGCUGGUGGACAAACAAAGCGCGCUAAUGAGCGAUCUUUUGUUUACCGUCCACCAGCAUGGCGGCGAUGACAUAACGUGAAAACCACCUAUACAGGUACUCACUUUUAGCCUUGCACCCUGCAUACAUGCAACUUUAAUUAAAAAUUAUUGCACCAUGCCAAGUAUGAUAUGAAGAAUUAUGCAGAUUUAGGAAAGUGAUAUUUGCUGAGGCCAAAGGCAGAGGCAGAUAACAGCAUCCAAGAAGUGCAUAAUUCUUUAUACUAUACAAAAGCAGAAUUCAAUAUUGUUUUUUUGUUCAUUCAAAAUAUUUUCAACAUGCUUUUAACCUCUACACUGUAUGUGAAGUUCCCAUCUUCAAAGCAUUUGCUUGAUGCUGAUAAAGAGAUGUUUAUUCUCCAGUUAUUGUUUAAAUAGGAAUCAUUAUCUGUCCAAUGAUAUAGUUGUCUGUUCUUGCUAUGUUUUUGAGGUGCAAGUGGCUUGGCUAUUUUUUCUUUCAAUUUAUACACAGUGAUUUGUUAUCUCUGCAUCCCCCGUCCCUGACGCAUACUAAUCCCCAAAGACACCCAAAAGUUUGUGACACGCAUCCCGCAAGAUGCAAAAAACGAUUGAUUGAUCUGAAGAUGUUUUUGUAGAAUGUCAUGUUCAUGUGAUUUCUGUGGCUGUCCUUGUGGCUGUUUUUUAAAGAUGCAUAUUUCUUUUAGUCUUUGUUGUGCUUUACAAAAAAAUUUAUUUUAUCUGUCUGGUCACAUAAAGGCCCGAGCAUGAUUAAUUUUCAAUUUAGGAUUUUUUUUUUUUUUUAAGUGGGACUCAUUAUUAGUUCACAUGCAAGAUGAGUCCCAGGACUACUCACCAUAAUUAUUUGUAACAAAAUAGUUAUUGGUGAGAAGUCCUUGUGCCAUUUUCUCUAUUUCUGCUAUGCCUAAACAGCUGAGCCAAGGCUCCAUACAUCUCUCUUUCUGGAUUGUAUUGAUGUCGACAAACUUCUUCUAAAGUUAUGGUCAAUGCUAACUGGUUAUAAAGAAUUAGCUCAGGGGGAUUUGAGCUAAUCAGAAACAGAGAAACUUUUUGAAAAAAUACUGUAAUAACAUUUUUUGAUGCCUUUUUAUAUGAGAUUCUAGGAAAAUGAAAAUUUAUUUUAAAGUAUUACUAACAAAUCAAAAUCCAAUUUAAAAACAAAAUUUUUUGUCAACAAUAUCACACACACAAGUGCAUGUUACAUGGAGUGCCUGCUUUGCGGCCAUGUUUAUACACUGUUAGGAACUGGUUCUGACUUCAUUCUUGCAUUGCUCAUUAAACAUUUUAGUGGUAAUUAUAGAUUAUUGAGUAGGUAAAUACUUUGUUGUUUUACUCCUGCAUAUAGUAUAAUCAAUCUUGUUGACAUCUGAUUAUAUUUUCACUGUAUUUCAGGUAACAACUUUAGUAAAUCAUCCCAAGAAAAAAGGUAGUAAGCUCGGGAAAUCCAAAAAUGCACACAAACUUGCACAGGAUAUUGAAGAUGCAAAUGUGCGACUUAUCAAAACAGGGGAAGACAUCGCUCAAGAGUUUGCUGAAAUCAGGGAAGAAAUGCUAGCUGCAUGCAAGGACUGCAGAGGGGCAGGUAAAGGAUUUGUUGUUGUUUUUUCUACAUCCUUCCAACACCUCUCAAAAUAAUGUUAACACUAGAUCACUUCUCAAGGUUUUCAUGAUCUAACACCCCUCACUAAAACCUUAUGGAAAAAGGAUUAAAUGCUUGGAAGAUUAGAAGAACUGGGCUUGGGCAAAAUUAUUACCAACAGAGACAAAAGAUAGAGCAUUGAUCAUAGUUUUUUUGUCAUGAUAUAUGUAAAAUUCUCAUCAAAUUGUGUAAAGAAGCUAGUAAUGUAUUUUUGUCUUUCUUGUAGGUGACUCAAUGCGUGUAGCAGCUAAAGAGUUUGCCGAUGAUCCUUGUACUUCAACCAAGAGAGCCACCAUGGUGAGGGCAGCUCGAGCCUUGUUAUCCUCUGUGACAAGGCUGCUAUGUGUUGCAGAUAUGGCUGAUGUAUACCGGCUCCUGGCAUCACUUAAACUGGUCAGUUUGUCUUUUUCACUGUGUAUUCAUCACUGUCAAACUACUUAACACUUGUGUACAUGUUUCAGGUCAAAGUUUUUAAACCUAGGUUGAUUCUCUAUUUCCUUUGUCUUCUAGCCCUAAUUAUUCAUGAAUCAGGACUAGGAGACAAAGGAAAUUGAGAAUCAAUGUAGGUCAAAACAUUUUGAUCUGAAAAUUAUAUAAUUUUGAGCUGUAACAUAUACAAGAGAAAAUUCUGGAUUUUGAUUGGCUAGGAGCAGUGGUAUUUCAGCUUAAUUUGAAAUACCUACAUGUGAAAAUUACAAACUUUGUGCGAGUAGUAGUAUAAACAAAUAAUAGCAUGAUUUGUACGUGAUAUUUGGCACAAAAACCACUCGCAAUAUUUCAAACCUGUCUCAAAUUUCACUCUCCUCAUGGCUCAUGAAAUUACGUAUAACAAAUUUCGAAAUAUCACUCGUGGUAUUUAUGCCAAAUAUCACUUCAAAUCAUGCUAUUACCUAUACAAAUACAGUAUUAUAUACUUCAGUGCACAAUGUACUUCUGCAAUUUUGCAGGUGGAGAAAAGACUGAAGGAACUUGAGAAAGCUAGUAACACUGCAGAUCUGCUGAAUUCUUUUAAAAAUCUUGGAAAUGACUUGAUGGACUUAGCCAAGCUGUCUGGAAAAAGACAAGCAGUGAGUCCAAUCAUGCAAUAAAAUAAUUAAUAACUAUAAUAAUAAUCUACAGUUUUUUUGACCAAUAUGUUUUUAACAAAGCUUUCAGUAUUUAUGUCUUUUAUUUGUGCCCUAAUGCUCCAAAUUGUAGAAAAGAAUUUGCAUUCUCUAGAGAGCAAAAAAUCUGUAUGAACCCUUUACAAUGUACAGUGUGCUUGUAUCGUUUCAAAGAAUUUAAUCUGGCUCAUACGAGCCUUGCCUUUACAUUUUUUAGUACAGUUUUUUGUAACCUUCCAGAAAAUUCCACUAUGGUGUAGCCAAGACUCCUUGAAUUGAUAUCAACUGACAUUGUAACUAAAAUUUCAGGAUUUGAAAGACCCACAGAGAAAGGAUGAUAUGGCAGCUGCAAGAGCUACACUAAAGGAAUCAAGUAAAAUGCUGCUGUCCUCAUCCAAGGUCAAUUCAGUUAGAUUCAAACUCUUUACCCUUGGCAAUAGUUUAGUCAGAGCAGGGGUUGUGCUUGGGUAACAAAUUAUAAGAGAAUCUUAGGAUUUGCCCAAGAAUGUAAUGCUCAUGGGCACAGGAAUCUCAUAGGGUUGCUUAAGGUCUCGGUAAAGGAAAACGAGGUGCCCACAGAAAAAAAUUCUAGUCGCGCGAGUAUUUUCGCUACAAAGGCAAGUUAUAUAUUAAAUUAAAGCUAAAAGACUAAAUUACCUUAUAAAAGAUUUUAUUUCAUCGAAUUUCAAAAGGCGCUUAAGUUUUUUGCUCUCGAACUCAGAGGUAUCGAGUUUACUGCUGAAGCUCCAGCCCUUUCGCGUUGCUAAAUAUUCACUUCCUUUUUAUUGCAUCUGAUUGACAGAUGAAAGACCUAAAAAAGCGUGUGAGGAAAUUUGCAUAUGUCUCGUAUUAGCGGAAUUAUUGCAUUUCAAACUAAAAAGUCGAAUCUCGAGCGCGAUUUACGCCAAGAAACUGACAUAAAAUGAGUUACAAAGGGAAAUCGGAAAAUUCCUCACACCCUUCUUGAGUCUAUAUCAUUAUCCAUCAUAUCUGAAAGUUUCAAAGCGAUAGCUUAAAACCUGUCCCGACUGGAGGUCGAAGAAUUUUGAUUUUUGCGUCUAAAAUAUAGUGAGAGAAAGGCUCAUUUUAGAAGGGUUAAAAAGAAGGGUUAAAAAGCACUUUCUGAUUUUCUUUUCCUGCCAAAAUAAAAUUUAGGACCCACUCAUGCCAAAAAUAAAAAUAAAAAAAAAUCGAGCAAUGUACUAAAAUUUUCAUUUACCGAGACCUUAAACUCAUCAAAAUGAAUCCAAAUGAUCCGCCAGCUAGCUGUGUUUUUUGAUCCGCAAAGAUCAGCUGAUAACACUUCACCAGUGAUUUUGCCAGCCCUGCAUCCUGCGUCCUUGAUGCAUAAAACUUGUCAAGGAUGUAGAAUUAUUGAAGGCUUGCGCUGAUCAAUCUAAAAAGUUGUUUUUGAAGAAUGCCCCGUUUGUAUGAUUUCAUUUCGUGAGGGGGGAGGGGGGGUGUGGGCACAGCUGAAUUUGACUGAUAGAUAAUAUUAUUACAGAGAUAAGUGCAUUGCUAUUGAAAGUAGACUACAGAUUAAACGUGAUUGUCUGGUUUCAUGAGAGUUCUGGCAUCUUUUAAUGUAGGAAGGAUUCAUUGGGGUUUGAGCUGGGACUCACGAUUUUUCAUGAGAUCUCACUAUAGCAAAUUGUAACAAAAUCACUUCUGCACACGUAAAGUGAUGAAACUUGAAACCCUACCAACCCCUGAGGGCUACUCUGCAGGUCAUGUACUGUGGAUGGCGAAGACCACUGACUGCACUGGCUUGAGCUUAACUUUGCCUAAAUGAUAUUUAGCCCAUCAAAAUACUUUUUGGGAGACUAUCCCUUAAGGGAAAAAUGUUAACUGUGCUUGUAAACAUCACACUUCUUGUUUGUUUGUUUUCAGGCCUAUGUACGUCACCCUGAAGUUGCCUCAGCAAAGGCCAACAGAGACUUUGUGAUGAAGCAGAUGUCAGAAGCUGUGAAUGCCAUCUCAGGUGCUACCCAGGCCACUGGUACAAGUGGACCACACCCGUUGGAGGCUCCAGGAGCACUGGCCACAGCUUUAGAUGAUUUUGAUGUAAGUAAGAAUAAAAGAAGAGCUGCCCAGGAAAACACAGUUCGUUUGCUGUUAUCCCAUUAAAGGAUACGCAUGAGUUGACUAACUCCUCUAAUGGUUUUCAUUGAUUUUUGGGAUAGCUAACGGUCUGGACCAUUCAACGGAAUAUCGUUAGUGUACGUUUUUCCAAAGAAGUCACAAAUGUGUAAAUUAGGUGGGACACAAAGUAUGUGGUGUUAAGGUUAUUGGAGCUCAAACAUGGAGGUUCUUGUUCCAAUGUCAAGUUCCUUCUGUUGCAACUUUUCCCUAGACUAAAGGUUAUUUCUCUCAAUGCAAUGGAAGAAAAAAAAGCACAUUGUCACAGACGUAAUUUAACCUCAGUUAGUAAUCUCUGUAAAGCAGCGCCAAUAUCCUUGUUCUGGGCACCCCGCAGACUCAACAAAUUACUGGAAAUGUAUUUCCAAUUUCCUUUCAUCUUGAUUGGCAAAUCCACAAUGGCUUUUUUAACGGGCCAAUCAUGUUGCAUACUCAAAUGCUGGUACACAGGUAUUGGGGGUGUCAGAACAAGAAUUUUGGCACUGUUUUGCAAGCAGACUUAACCAGAGUUUAGUUUCAUCUAUGACACUUGAGCUAUGUAGAUAGUUACUUUUGGUAAAAAACUUCACCUAUCCUUAGCCAUAUGGGCUUCAAGUUGCCAACAGCAUUGGGCUACCUGUGCCAACGUACAUUGUAAGACACCAGUGUAGAAUGCUAUUCACAGUACAUGUAAAAUUUGUAGAAAGGGAUAAAACUCUUUUGACUUAACUGGCACUUUUACCUUUUCAGUCUCAAAUUUCAAUGGAUCCCAGUGCUUAUUCAGAGAAACGCACCCGUCCAACCUUGGAACAGCGUCUUGAAAGCAUUAUCAGUGGAGCAGCACAGUUAGCAGAUUCCAUUUCAACUAGAGAUGACACACGUGACAAGAUUAUUGCUAGUUGUAAUGGGGUGCGACAAGCCCUCCAAGAUCUACUGUCAGAGUACAUGAAUCAUGUGAGUGAAAAUAUCAUUCGUAUUGUUUUGCACUCUUAGCAUUAAUUUUUCAAUCUCCUAGACCACCUGGGGUUGUGAAUUUUUAGGAUUGUCUUGAACAGAAGAGGGGAUAUACCUUAGAGACAAUACACCUGGCUCUUUUUCAUGUACAGUGUACAUAUGCCUGUGGAGACUAAUUCUUUAAAUCAAAAACAAAAAUCAAGAACUACAUGUAACUCAAAACACAUCUUUGAUGGCCCCAAGGACAUGAGCCCAGCCUACAUUAAUGGCAGGGAAGUGAAAACAUGUUGUUUAUCUCAUUUCUUAAGAGUUUCUGUGAUUCCAUUACCUGUAUUGUAGGAAGAGAGGAAAAGCAUGAACAAAUGUUGAGUAGUUUCUUUCUUUUUGCUUCUCUCCUGCAGGCCACAGGGAAGAAGAAAGUCACUCCUGGCGGCUCUUUAGAUCAAGCAUUGGAAAGGAUGUGUAACAGGACACGAGAACUCAGAGGACAGGUGAAAGAGAAAUUUGAAAUUCAGUGACAAUUGUUUUUUAGUUGUAGUUAGGAUCUUGAUAAUUGUGGUUUAACAUCAUUGAGAUGUCCUUUCCUCCAGUUGCGUCGUGCAGUUGUGGACCAUGUUUCAGAUUCAUUCUUGGAAACCACAGUGCCAUUGUUGAUGUUAAUUGAAGCAGCUCAAGCAGGGAACGAGAGAGAAGUAGAGGAAUGUGCUAAGUUGUUCAUUGAUCAUGCUGCUAAACUUGAAGAGGUAAGUUUGUGGUUUGUAGUCGUCAGAAGGUUAAAAACCCAGUUCUGGAUUUUUUUUUUUUUUUUUUUUUUUUGCACUACUAAAAUGAAGAUGAUGCAUUUACACAUAGGGUAAUGCUUUGGAAUGAUUCAGCACCCUUUUGUUAAAUAAGUGUGGCAAUUUUGAACCAGCUUAUAGGGGUGAUAAAUAGAAUACCGGUCUGGUAUUUAUUUGAAUACCAUGUAAGUGCCAACCCCGGUUAAGUGCCACCCUCAAUAAGAGCCCCAUUUGGGCCAAAAAAGUUAGUAGGCCCUCCCCUGAAUAAGCCUUCAGCCCCAAUAUAAUUGAUGUCAAAAGAUGUUACUUCUUUUAGUUUAAUAUGGAAAAUAUUAAUACUGUAGUUAAAACAAUUCUUUGUUUCGUCCAACUUUCAAACAAAACACAGCCCUCAAAUACAACUAUAAAUUACAGCCGUCGGAUAAGCACCUUAUUUAAUGCAUGAAAAAUUUAAUAAGUGCCACAGCGCUUAUCCAAGUAGAUACGGACAGUGGUGCAAAUAACCAGGCAAGUCUUCUUUUUGUUUCAUGCCCUGUCAUCUUCUCAAGUAUCAUCAUUAACUUACACCAAUUGAUUUGUUAAAUUCACCAGGUAGCCAAUCUUGCCUGUUCAAUGUCUGUAAACCCCGAGAAGGUGAAGAUGGUGAGAUUAGCAGCCAAACGCCUGCAAACACUUUGCCCUCAAGUGAUCAAUGCUGCUCGCACUCUUGCUGCACGUCCCCACAGCAAAGUGGCCCGUGAAAACAUGGAUGUGUUUAAGGAAGCAUGGGAAAAACAGCUACAAGUCCUGACAGAGGCUGUUGAUGACAUCACCAGCAUUGAUGAAUUCCUGGCCACAACAGGUGGGGUAAAAAAUGUGGAGAAAGUGUUUUUCAUUUUUGUUGUUGGGUAAGGAGACCCAAUUACCCUUUUGAAUUUUGUUUAUUUUCUGAAUUUUAGAAAGCAUUCCCAAUGACUGUUUCCCAGUCUCACUAAAUACACUUGAGCUAGUUUACGUUGCUGCUACAUGUGAAUGAUAACUACACAGAUUGAAAAAGAACUGCCAUUCCUUCGUGGAGAAACACUUUGCGACAAUCCAUGUGUUCCCGAAACCAAAAAAUAUUCACCAAAACCAAAGUAGGAACAAUUAGUUUCCAAAUAAGCUUUACAAUCGUAUACAGGAGACCAUCCAAAAUUGUACAAGCGAACAAAACUAAAGACAAAACCAUGUGCUCACAUCCGGGUUUUUACACUUAAUCAUUUCAUUUAAGUGUCACUAAAAUGUCUCAUUUGAAAAUUGAAUAAACAGUGUCACGUCCAUUUCCGGCUGUAACACCAUGUAUUACUUUACAGAGUAAAAACCCAGAAUAUUUUGUUCCUCUCACGAUGGUUUGUUUAUUCACAAACUCAAGGAAACUACAAGUGGUUUUCACAUUUCUAUGAACGAAAGGUCAAAUGUGAAGCACUUUUUCAAAUCUGAAAACUCAGAAAUUCCAUUUAGUUUGCUGAUGACAAGCUCAAAGAAAAUUUUCCGAAAUAAACUCAAAAUUUUGAAAAUUUCAAUGCCCAUUUUCUUUCAUCUAAUGCUAUGCAAAAUUAGUUGGUUUUGCACAGGACGGGUCAUCAAUAAAAUUUAUGCCAAAUAAUAAUUAUUAGUGCUACUUCACUGAUUUUCAUGCUACUCGUUUCUCAUAGUGCUUGAUGAGAAUCAUGCAGUUUGCCAUGAUUCUCGUCAAGCAGGAAACAAAAUGCAACUGCUAACUUACUUUUGAGCGGUAUUGUAUUUUCCAUCAGAGGCACAUAUUUUGGAAGAUGUGAACAAAUGUGUCCAAGCGCUUCAAGACAGAGACCCAGAGACAGUUGAUAGGACCGCUGGACAGAUUAGGGGACGUACAGCCAGACUUGAAGAUGUUGUGAGUGCUGAAAUGGAGAACUACCAACAAGGGCCCUACACUGAUAAUGUCAUGAAAGCAGUCUUGGUUAUGCGCAAUGAGAGUAAGUUUACAGUUCGUCAAGACUUUAAACAUCAGAAUGCUUCGUCAUCUGGCCACUUUAUCUCCUACGGGUGGUUGACUCCUGACCUAUACUAUCUGACAAUAGAUGUCCUCUCUCUCUAAUAGACCCCUCUGUGAGAAGUUAAUUUUGAAAUGGACACCCUUCUCUAAUAAACACCCCAUCUGAUAGAUGCCCCCCAUCACUUUUACACAAAAAUAUUAGGAAUUAGCCAAAAGGAGCAAAAUCAUUAGGGUUAUAUGUGCAUUGUAUUUUGCUCAAUGUCAUCUUCAAAGUAAGAAUAGAUUAACAAAGACAACAAAAUGACCUUGAGUCUUGAGCGAGGAUUCUGACCUUGAAGUUAAGAUAUGAUAAUCUCUACUGAUCAGCCUCUUCAUAUUUCGCUAAAAGAAAGAUUAUUACAGAAAUGAAAACAAUCGACUCUCUGUUUUAAAGGCCACCUAUCUAUUAAUUAAAAUGCCAUCUCAGUCAUGGACCCCUAAAAUUAAAUAGAUGCCUAAGGAAUCUAUUAGAUUAUUUAAGGUAGUCCAAUUCUCCCUUUAAUUUACGGUACAAGCACAUGCAAGGAAAAUUAGAAAUUAAUUGGCAGUCAAUCAGAAGUCUCUAAGGGCUUCAUUCUAGGCACCCCUUUGGUGAUUGAGGAUUUUUGAAAUUUUUCACUCGAUCUCAAAAUCCUGGAAGCACUUUUGAGGAGUCUCGAUUUCUCAUGUUUUUCUUGGAUUUUUGAACUUUUUGUAGCAGAGUCUCAAAUUUUGAAGUCAUGUCUAUGAACCUUCCCUUAUCUUGGGACUGACUGUUUUAUAAUUAUGUUUCUUCUUUUCAGUUAUCCCUCACUUUGCACAGAACGUGGAGAGGUCAGUGACAUCGCUCGCCAAAGAUCCUCAUGGAGAAGUUGAUGAAGCACAGUUUAUUGAUGCUUCUAAACUGGUGGGUAAAAAUUUCUUAACCUCUUGACUCAUGUUUUGUGUAAAUAUAACCCAACUCCUUCGUCCCAUGCAUUAGCACCCAUGCAUUUGAAGUACAUGUACGCUAAACAUUAUAUGUACAUUGUAAAUGUCCUUUUAGGUGUAUGAAGGCAUCAGAGAUAUAAGGAAAGCUGUUUUAGCUGGGAAAGUAAGUGUGCUUUUUUGUCAUAUUUGUUUACAACCUGCUGUACAUAUUGUUUUUCCUGUAGUUAUGUGGUUAUAAGGUUCGAUCUAAGUACGUAGAUGCAAUCUUAGUUCGCCGGGUUUCUAAGCAUAAAAUAUGUUCCAAUAAGAAUUGGAGUUUUUGUAAAUUCAUUUUCUCAAAAUAUUCUGAUUUUCCACAAUAAAAGAAAACUUUAAAAUGUCUAUUAUGGCAAACAUCUUGUAAUGCCUAGUACAGAUAAUGGCAGUGAUAAAAAUAAUCAGUAUUUAAUAGACAUCUUAGAUAUCUUGGAAGAGGCACUUGCUUUCACUUAUUUCUGUUAUCAAAGGAGACUUCCCUAACUGAAACAAAUAGAUUGUAUGGAAAAUUGACAAUUGGAACAAAGGGAUAGCAGUUCUUUUCAGUUGGGAUGGGAAGGGUAGGGUUGGAAGUUUCUAUGUGUUUUCUAACAGAAAGCUAAGGGUUCAGGACAGACUUAAAGGUUCCCUUCUUUACAUUGACUUAACAUUGUGCUGACGGUUGUAGAUUGCGACUCAGCCAGGUGGACUGAUAUUAGUUAGAACCUUUGAAAGACUAUUCACCAUUUCUGUUAGGUUUUCAUUGGUAAGAUAUUCAGUUACAGACUGAGUGCGCAGAUUAACGGUGUCCGUAAAGGAGGAUUGAUGAUAUAUGGAACUUUAUGACUCAGGACACAGGAAAAUUUCCGUAUUAACCGGUGUCCGUAUUAAGCGGGUUAUUUUAGAGAAAAUAAAAUAAAAGCUUUUGGUCAGGACAAACGAAGCUUCCCAUUAUAAUGUUAUAUGGGUGUCCGUAAAGCGGGGUUCCACUGUACACCCUAAGUUUUUUUCUUCUGUCCUUACAUUAGGCAGAAUUUUUACAUAAAUGACAUGUACAGUCAAAUCCCAAUUGUAAUGUACCUAUUGUAAAUUAAAUUAUUAUUGCAGAAUCGCGUGUUUCUCUUCCUUACUUAUGCUAAGUACAUAAAAAUGCAUACAGUUACAUCGUUUCAUUUAUUGUAAUAAAUUCACUAAGGACUUUAUUGACAUUAUUGAGAAAUCUUAUGUCACGAAUAAACAAACAACAACAAGUUUAUUUCAAAUUAAAUGUAGCUUACAAAGCUUGUGCCCGCAAUUAGCGAAGGCUUUUCGAGGCUGCACGAAUCUAUCUGGAGUAUCAAUCGAUAAUUAUUCCAGUCGCACUGGAAUCACAUACUCUAGUUGGUUUUCUUCAUAACACUUUUCGAAAAUUUUCUUUCAGAGCCGUGAAACUGGUGGAGUGGGCGAAGAGUAUGAACUGGAGGACACAGCUGCAGAACUCUUUGCUGAAGCUCAGGCACGCGCACGAGAACAAGCUGCUUAUGAACAACUCAAGGCUAGUGGUAAGUGUUAGAGAAAAAAAAUGCAAUGCACACAGGAUUUGUAGAAAACCUAGAUUUAGCUUUAGAAUUUAAGAAUUUCAUUUUCUAGGUCUGGAAAGUCAUGGAAUUAAAUUUUUGGUUCUGGAAAUUAUGUUUAGUAGACAAGUUAUUGCAGAUGUCACAGUAAGGACAAUGUGAUAAAGAGAUGAGUAAUUAAACAGCCCGAACGGCACGCGUUUUGGUGGACACCAGAGUUUGUGUGUGUUGAACUGAGUUAGGUUAAAAAAGGAAAUUUUAGAAUAAGAAUAGUUUGAAAAUUUUUGCAAGUGACAGCUAAACCUGAGGUCAUGAAAAACUGCAAACGUUCAAGGAAAAAGUCAUUGAGGGUCUUGGAAUUUGAAAAGCUCGUAAGAGUAUGAUCCCUGAAAGGUUUUGAAGUACAGUAGACCCCCGAUAACUCAAACUCGGAUAACCCGAACUCUCCGCUAACUCGAACUAAGUCCAGCUUCCCUUGGAUUUCACCCCACUUUCCAGUCAUUUUUACUCGGUUAACUCGAAUUCCCCGCUUACCCGAAGUAAAAUUUCAUUUCUUUUGAUAAAAGUUUCACUGAAAUGUACCCAGAUACUUCGAAUUCUGCUUCUUGCACCUCCACUUUGAUGCCAUCCCUUUAGCUCUUCUUGCUGUAUGAUCGGUAGCCUUUAAACAGGCUCUCUGUUUUGUGUCAGAUGGGGUGAAAAAAUCGCCAGGAGAGGGAAGGAAAAGGGCCUUCUCCCUUCUCUCUCCUCGCGAUUUUUUCACGUUUUCCCCAAACAGAGAGCCUGUUCACAGUCUAUAUGAUCGGCAAAAAGACUAAAACUAUAAAUACAUCAAUUUGAUUUUAAUUGGUACAACGAACGGAUCACGUUUUAUUAAAAAAAAGGCAUAAUCAUGUUACUGUUUCAGAUGAAAUUAGUUAACUUUGCACUGAAGGGCUGAAAAAUCAGUAACUAUCAAUUGUUAACAUGGCAAAUUGAAUAUUCAAACGAUCCCGAUAACUGUUUUUAGUUUCCCUUCAGAAUUCGAGUUCCCAGGGUUCCACUGUAAUUAUUUAUAUCCUCCUUUUCAUGGUUUUCAAAAGUUGUAAAAGUAAUUCAUUUUUUUAUUAUUAUUUUAGGUAAGGUACAAUUUGAAGUGCGAGCCGAAGGAGGUGAAGAUGAAGGGGGUAUGGGCACGGCAUCUAUCAAAGUGAAUGGUGUAGAGCAUUGCCCCAGAAAAGUUGGGCACAAUGUUGUAGUUCUUGAUCCCAGUGGUGAUGUCUGUGCUGUUAAAAAUUUCAACACAAAUGCUGGAGAAGGUCCUGCAUUGGGACAGUUCCUUGAUCAGUUGCCUGAAGAUCAUGUUGUUCUUGUAGCCACUCAAGGAGUAAAUGGCAAAGAGCAAGGUGAGAUAGUCUUACAAUGUACCAUGAUGUAAGAAAUUAUGAAAUAGCCUGGUGUCCAAGACAAGCAAGUUUCAGCACUGGACUUGUCUAUCAUAUUGGUACGUAAUUUCGAGAUUUUUGCGAGAAAUUAACAUUUGCGGGGUUGUAUUUUCGCGAUUUCAAAGGGCAAAUACGAAAAAAGGGCUAUAUGAAAUUUUCGCAACUCAAGUGUUAUCAACUUUGUUUUAGUUUUCAAAACGUCUAAAAAGCUGUUGACUGGCGUAAGCUUGGAUUUCAUUUUUAUUUCUUAAAAGAAACAACAGUUUAAGGCCUCAUUAGAGCAACUUUUUUUUAUAUAUAUAUAUACUAAUUUUAAGAUUGUCUACUCCGCCAUAUGUGAAAUCUUUGCAAAUUACGUUAUUUCACAACGGAGGAUAAGAAUGGAAGAUACCAUGGUAAACCCAGUGAAUAGUGUGGGUAUUUGUCGAUAGAAUCAUAUCCUUUAUAUGUUUUAGUUAUUACCUGAUAAUCUUUUUUUCUGGGAUUUGAAUUUUCUGUACUGUGGGUUCUAUGGAUUUUUAUUCGCGCGUCUUUCAUUUCGCGAUUUUUUUACAAUUGCGACGCAAAACGCGAAAUUAAAGAUCGCGCUGGCCCUUACGGAAAAUUUUUUGAGAAAGUCUUGGAUGUAGGCUAUAGCUACUAACUUCAGGGGUUUUGAUUAAAUGCAAGAAAACAGCUGUUUUUCACUGAACCCCUGCAAGUGCUCCCAAUGUUUAUGUGCCUAUAAACCCCAACCUCACCCCCACCCCCUCCAUAAAAAAGACUCUUUCAUGCUUAUGAUGUCCAUUGGUUUUAGGCAACAAUGUCGCUGCAGCAGCUCCAGCGUUGGAACGUUUGGGAGCUGAGGGACCGUUUGAUCCAGGUUACCAUGGCUCAUUCGCCUUCUCAGGCUGUACUGGUCCGACUCCAAGAUUUUACACUAAAGCAGAGAUACGGCCUCGAUACUACGGACCAGCGAUUGUUGCUCAGCUCAUCCCAACACCUGCUGCUCAGAAAGGUUUGCUUUUAGAAGAACAAUCGAAUCGGUGUAGUAUUUCAGCUGCCAGGGUUUGUACAGAGUCGAAUAAUUUCUUGAACAAGUUUUGAAAUUGUCUUACCCAGCAAUUUUCCUUGCCUGCGUCGCAACGUACCACAAAUGCUCUAUGAGUGAAUUUUUUUCAUUUUGGUCAUAUCUUAUUCAAUCCCGCCCGUACGUUUGCAGUGCAUCAUGAAAAAAGCUUUGUUCCUGCGUUUUUAAGGUCUCUAUUGAUAACCUUGAGAAAACGAAAUUGUUGUUUUGGAAGGAGUCUGGAAAAAGUCUUGAAUGAUUUUAGAUCCGAAAAUCUGUACGAAUCUUGAGCUGCGUUUUGGAAAUUAUUCGAAAGUUCAGUGAUUUUGCUGAAGAUCAGACGUGUUUCUUGCAUUCAAUGUUCAACGUUAUAACGAGUUCAAGACUGAUUAUUCUUCUCUCAGUGAAUUUUCUUAAUGGGAGAUGAAUACCUGAAGAUGGAAAAUAGAAAACGGAGAAAAGAAAUUGAAUGCCUCAUGACCGUUUGAGUCUUUCAAUGAGGAGGGAGUUUCAGAAAUGCAAGACGCUAGCCCAGUAAUAAUGAAGCUCUUUUAAAAGUUAUGAAGCAUGCUCAGUGUCAACUUAAAUCACAAUCUUCACGAACUGCGGUAGUUUCAGAAAAGUGUGACGAAAUCUCCACGGCUAUUGAUAUUCAGAUGGUACUGUAGAUAGUAGGAACAUAUAAAUUAUUAAUUGAAGCUGUUUACUGCUUUGGCUGCCAUGAUGAAACCCUUGUAACCCGCCCAAGGUUGUUCUAGCCAAGAAGAUACCUGCACCUGUAACACUCAGGCAAAUCCAGUCCUUGGCAUGCGAACUCUUCUUGCCAUGAAAGUAGAAGAAUGGAAUGAUCUUCCCUUAGGUUGAGCAAGAGCUUUCUUGUCAAAUCCCAAACACUCUAUACCGCUUGGAACACUAAACAUUCAAUUUUGCGGCGACCGAUCGUUCCGCUAACGCCCCGUUUGCUAACUUCUUAAGUAGUUUCGCUUACGAAACGAAACGAACCGUACUCAUGUAUAUACGUCGUUCUUUCAGCCUUGCCACCUUGUAUACCUCGUUCUUUAACCCAUUGAUCAAGCAGUAGCGAAAUGACUUAAGACGUUGGCGAAACGUCGGCGAAAGUUGCAUGGAAAGUGCCGGUGAAUAUUGACAAAAAUGAUAUACACUAAAGCUUCUUGUUGCUUAUACACCGUACCUAUUCUUGACAGGUUUAGUGAAAGUUAAUAUAGUUGCUGAAGGAGAAGAUGAUCCAAAAGCAACAGGUCGAACAUCAAUCAAAGUGAACGGCAUCGAGAGAUCUCCAAUGAUGCGAGGACACAACAUAGUCGUCCUGGACAGCGACAAAAAUUUCAUUAUGGCCGCUAACUUUGACACAGCAGAUUCAACCAAGGGGGAGGGUGUGAAAAUGGCCAAGUUCUUACAACAGCUUCCCCAGGAGAGGAUAGUGCUGAUUGGUACUCAGGGGACUACUGGUGGGUACUGGUUUAGGCACAGGGAGCCCACACAAGCUACUUGUGCUUUUUUUCUGGGAACUCUAUGUGUUUUACAGCGUAAUUGUUUAAGAUUGGCAAAUUACGUACUAAUUGCCAAUCGGCCUAAGACACCUUGUGCCCUGGCUUUUACUGUUGUUGUUGUUGUUGUCAAUAAUUUAUCUUGCGAGCAACCUCUCCAUUUGGGGGCAUCGCGAGAAGUCUUGCGUGAGAGGCACGCGAAAGGAGACGAGAGCGCGAAAGCGGGGAAAAAGCGCUCGCGGGCUCUCUCAUGACUCGCGAGUUUGCUCGCAAGCUAUCAAUAAAUGUAUACAAGUAUGUUCUGCCUUGUGUCGCUGAGAUAGUGUUCUUAGAAAUCACGACAAGCUGACACUAAACGUCUCCUUUAUCAGGCACAUCAGUGAACAAUGCCAAAGAGGCCCUUUAUGACUUAGGCGCAUCAGGAAACGUCCACCCGGGCUUCCAUGGAUCAUGGGCCUUUGUAGGUUACACAGGUCCUGAGCAAGUUAAAUGGGCCAAGACAAUCAGCCAACCACGAUACAAGGGACCUGCUGUUAUCGAGGAGAUGAUAACUAGUCCAUCAGCUGAGGCGGAAAUAAGUGAGUUAUUAACCAGUCUUGAUAUUGACGACAGUGUGUUGUUUAAAGGGCUACGUAAGCUAGAAUGACUUCGUGACCAUUGCGACUUAGAUAGGUCCCGUAAUCAGCCUUUGGAAAGCUCAGAGCCGGAAAUAUGUGGCAUAGUUUAAUUUACCGGUCAGCUUUUGCCCACUUUGUACCUAUGGACCGCCGAAAUUUUGAUAAUUAAAUGUUAUGAAAAUUAGCUUUCCAGUCCUACACUGUUUAUUUAUGCUCUUUUGUCCCCUUUCCGUUGUUUUAGCGGUAAAACGUUUCAAGUGCAUUUUGUUACCGAAUUAAUAGUGACGUAACCAUCGGGAAAGUGAGAAUCGAUGAACUUUAAUUAAUCAUUUCAGCGUUUAAGAUUGGCUAUUGAAUUUUUAAAGCUUCACCACCAGCACGUUUCCUUUUAAAAUUAGAAACAAUUAUUUGUCAGUAACAUGUCUAGCUUGUCUCUCUCCGACACUCUCUUGUCGGAGAGUUUCUCGAGCCAUUGCUUUUUUCCGUGGUUUUAGGUGCAAUGACUGCGACAGAAUCCGAAUAUGAACCGGUAUCAGAUUAUGAAUGGGAGGGGGCUCAAUCAGAUUACGAAGCUCGGUCAGAGUUUGAUGACACUGAUGACUGGGACAAAGACAAGAGCAUGUCCAAGAGAAGUGCACGGGUAUAGUUUAACUUAUUAUUAUGGUGGUAAAUUGUCAGUAGAGUGUAUACUACAUGUUUCAUAGCCUGCGAGCGAAACAAGCCGCGAGAGACCUGUCUGCUCUCGCGUGACUUCUCGCGAGAGCUUGCUCGCAGGCCGCAUGCUUCAUGUUUUGUAGUUGUCAUAACUAAACACUUUGCAAGUGUAAUUGUGAGAGCAGUUAAUUGUAAAUGGCGAACAACUUAAACUUAAAGAAUCGGUUCUAUAUUAAUUGUUAAAGAAGUCAUCUUUUUAACUACCGAAAUACGAUGAGUUUAGUCACUCUGCGGUGCCAAAAUCGCCCGUUUUCUCUGUUAUUAUGCCGCUUUCUUGGCGCAUUAGCCCGCUUCAAUGGCUCAUUCAUAUGCGUAAAUGUCAGACCAUUUCUUCCGAUGGGGUGAUUCAUUAGAUUCAAAGAGUGCCAAUAAGAAUCUUUUUUACUAAGAUGUCGGGCAAAAGGAACUUUCAUGUGUUGCCCAGUUUUGAAUGGCGAAUGAAUUUCAAUCAGCAUUUUCAUGACUCUGUUUGAUCAUACAGCAGGCUCCAUGAGCGGGCAAGGUAAAGCAAAUUCUACCCGCGCAAGAUUGACCUAUCUUGGGAUUUCUCGCUUCGUUCCGAAAGAAUGUUUUCUAUUUUGUAGCUGUGUUACAUGACAAGAACAACUUGUGCGUGUAAAAGCAAAACCGCAAUGGCUGGUAGAAAGCGCAGGAAAAUGCUUGCAUUUCUGAUUGGUUGAGAAAGUGCCACGAUUUAUUUUUUUCAGCCAAUUGCUACCCAGUGGCAGAUUAACCACCAAAUUAGGAACUUAUUUGAAAGCUACUCGUAAUUUCAAACUGUUCUAUAUUUUCUACAGUCACUGAUGAGAGCUCUACCAGCAGAAGAAAAAGCCAAGAUUGAGCAGCUGACAGAAGGACUGAAGUUAGAGAAGAGAAAGCUGGAGAGGGAAUUGACCAAAUGGGACCAGAGCGGAAACGAUAUCAUCAUCCUUGCAAAGAAGAUGUGUAUGAUGAUGAUGGAAAUGUCGGAUUUCACUCGGUAGGUCUUUAUUUAUCGUGCGGAAUCAAAUGUCGGAAAGACCGGUGAACAUUCCUUGCGUAGAAAGUUGCCAAUACUGAUAGUUGGGCAUAGGCGCGAGGAAAACUUCUAGCGUAGUUACCGUAAGGACAACACGAUAAAUUCGAUUUAUUAAACCUUCAAACGUUCAGUUUAGUUCUCUUGGCAGAUCGCCUUUAAGGCCUGAGAGAACGGUUACCUCCGGAUUAAAAAGCGUCUGAUUAAAAUAAUCGCCACAGAUGUUAAUACUGCAUAUAACUUUGAAUGAGGAAUUAUCAAAACAAUUAAGUGAAAAGUUAUUUCUUUCGAGGACUACCCGUUAACUUUCCUCUGUUAUGUGCAAAGACAAAGGUCGUGGGAUGGGUCUUGCAUGAUCCUUACAUCCUUUUAGUGAUAAAUUAGAUAGAACGUACGGUAUUUGGGACUUUGAGCUGGGACGGUGUUGUGUCGAAAUGCACUAUGGGAUUUUUUUAGGGACGCCAUAACUUUUGUUAUAUUGGCUAUCACGAGAUUGCGCUAGAAGCUGGGGGCGCUUUCCAUUCAACCAAAACGUCGGGUUUGAAUUUUCGGCAACUUCCAGGAGCGAAUGCAACGGCAUUUUCAAAAAUUCCAAAAACAGGGCAACCUCGCGAGGUAUACCCAAAUUUUCGAAUUUUUUUUCCCGGAAGUUUUCUUUCCAGUCAACUUUGCUCCCGGAAAAUCUAGAAUUUUCGGUUGAAUGCCUCCCAAUUCGGAAAUUCAACAGUUUCCGGAAUUUCUGGAAACUUUUCCGGGAAAUUUCUGUACGAUUUGCCGCCGUUUCCAAAUUUUGGAAAGUUUUGGUUGGAUGGAAAGCGCCCUGUGUCUAAAUUCGACCCGACACUGUCCCAGUCUCUCGCGCGACCUCAAAUGGCCAUUCUCAACUGAAUUUGCGAUUUCAUUCUUAGGGGAACUGGGCCUUUGAAAACAACAAUGGAUGUGAUUGACGCUGCCAAGGUAAUACGCUUAUCCAUGUUACGUUUAGUGACGAUCAAAGGUGUGUCAAAUUCAUCCACUAGGAGCUGGCCGCCAAAUUGAGCAAAACACUUUUUUACGGCUACAAAAGUUGAUGAAAGGUUUGAAUGACACUGCAAAUAUAAAGAAAGCACGGAUGGGCAAAAUUAAAGAAUAUUGGAACGGAUUCAAAUGGGGUUUUAGAGACUGUUUAGCCUAACAUUGUUAGAAGUUUAUCGCUGUUUUCAGAAGGCGAUUGUUUAUUUUUGUUUGUCAGGUAGCAGAUUUUUUAUUUACUAGUAAUUUCUGCGCAAAACUUAAGUCCUUAAGGAUUGGUAAAUGGCAAAACUAAACCAAAGGACUGGACUGUGACCAGUAACUUGAUGGGUGAACAACCUGAGUCUUUAGAAAGUAAACAGUUUGUUUGGUUGUUGCUGUAUUAGAAAGCUUUGGUAGAAGUUUCCAUUAUUUAUCUCUUAUAUAGCUGUCAUUUUUGUUAUUUUAGAGGAUUGCUAAGGCUGGAGCCAGGAUGAACCAAAAGGCGUCAGAAAUUGCAUCAAGGGUGAGCUCUGCACUGAGCAAUUUUAUUUGCUUUAACAUAACCUGCAGUUGAUAGUGCCAAACAAGGAGUUAAAAGGUUAACGAAGAAAUGUUGACUCUUGCUAUUCUUCAUGUAUUCUCUCUAAAAUACUUUUAUUAUUUCUGCUUUUCAUCAGUGUCCUGAUUCAAGCUCCAAGAAUGACUUGUUAGCAUACAUACAGCGCAUUGCACUCUACUCUCAUCAGCUGACUAUCACAGCGCGAGUCAAAGCUGAUGUGCAGAUGAUUAGCGGUGAACUUGUCGUGUCUGGGGUAAGUGGUUCUUAAGUUUAUUUCAAUGAGCAGCCCCGCGUUUCUUCCUCGCAGGAAUAAUUUGCAAAAUAACUAUGUACUAGCCGCCUGCAGCAUGCUGCAUGCACAGUACGCGAGGAUCAUUCGUUAAGAAUUUUUCCAUCGAAAAGUACUUUUAGGGCUGCAUUGUGUUAGGAGUGGUUUUGGGGCGGUUUAUGUUAACUUUGAAGCUUAAAUGCUAUGCACUAAGUUUAAUGAAACCAUUCUUUGACUCUCACGUUAUCGUAAUGAUAAUUAUAUACUUUUCUUGCAGUUGGAUAGUGCCACAUCUCUGAUCACAGCUGCCAAGAAUCUUAUGAAUGCUGUUAUCUUAACUGUCAAAGCAUCCUAUGUAGCUAACACAAAGGUACAGCAAACUGUUCAUUUCAGUCUAUCUCUAUCUCUGUCUCUGCCUCCUUAUUUUCUCGGAAAAUUUUCUGUGUUAUUUUUAAGGGAAUCCAAUCAUCAACUUCUUGCCAGAAAGAAUUAAACUGAAUUUACUUUUUAACCUUUCAUAUCUGAAUUCAAAUUUCGCACUAACCCGGGUUAUCUUAACGCAGCUUUGAACAACCCGGCCCAGGUUGUUAUUAUGGUGGAAAAUAUAUGGUCUUACCGUUGUGUUAUAAUAUACUUGCAACCAAUUGUAUUAAGAAGCCUUGGUCUGACUUUACUUUGUUUAUUUUCAUCUUUCUGCAGCACAAGUCUGGAGAAGCUAGGGUAAGCUGUUACUGUAGGGUAAAUUGUUACUGUGUACAUGUAUAUAAACCUUGACACCCAAGACUAUUCACACCUCUGUUUUCUCGUAUUAAGAGUAACGCCCAAACUGGGAAUAUAUUUUUAGUCUCGUUCGCCAACUUUUCACUCCUAUCAGCUCACGCUUCGCUCUAGUUUUCGCUCAUUCUUUUUCGCGGUCCUUCAAGUUUUCGACUUUUCUGUAGCCUGCGCCACAGACGAAACUAAAUCCGACUUAGGAGUGGACCGUAUUUACUUCCUCGGUAGCCUUCGGAGCUGGCGGGAUUGUCAUUUCCGUGGUGCUCUUCUCGCGGCUCCACCAUCAUCAAAAAACUUAACUACAGCACUCACCCACUAAUCCCUCCAGAUCAUAGGUAAUAGAAUAGAAUGGUUAUGAAACCCGUCAGACCCCUCUGUUAUAUGAUUUGUGGACCUGACGGUGCGUUCUAUGGCAUUCCUAACAUUUUGAUCUUAUUGACCAACAAAAACGUCCCAUUAAUUUAUUCCUUUACAAUAGACCUCUUUAGCUUGUAUGUUUUGUUUUCCUAAUACAGGUCGUGUGACAACACUCAAGGGAACUGUUUCUUUCAGAUUUUGUCUUAUUCACGUCCAUAUCUACGCAUGAUUUAUGAAAAGACAAAGGGUCAAGUUCCCCUGGGACCUCUAUUGGGAAAACAAAAAAUUCAAGCUAAAGAGAUCUAUUUGCCAACAGAAAACAAGGGAGCUUCCAACAUAAACUGCAGCACUGUUGUUUUUGUAUUUGAUGUUUGCCGCCCUUCAUAACCAGUCUCCUCUAAUAACUAUGUCCAGAUACACAGGCUACUAUCCGAGUAAUAGCCUGCGUAGCAAGCGUUUCCGUCGACAAAAGUUGGUACGAGAGCAGAAAAAAAGGAAUGACGGGGUUUCUUUUUUUGGCUCCCGCUCUAACUUUCGCGCAAUAACUCGAUUGGAAACGCUUGCUACGCAGGCUAUCCGAGUAAUGAAGUCGAGGUUGAUACAGAGCAGUAAUGGGCCUCGACUGGAUGCUAAAUAUGUCAAUUGUAUGCGAUUCUUGAAGCAAUGCUUUUCUCUUUUUCCAUUGCAGACGUCUAGUAUCACGUGGCGCAUGCGUGCGCCGGAAAAGAAACCGCUGGUUAAUCUGGAGAAAGACGACCGCGUUCCACAACUACAGAGGGCAGAGAAAGUCAGGCAGGAGUCACCCAUACAAGCGCUUUCUGAAUUUGACACUUCAGAGCAGAAACGACAGCCCGACUUCUACUAGUCUGCAGUUCUUUUUUUCGGUCCGAAGUUGGCGUCAGCUAAGAAACGUCAAAACGCACAACCCACAAAUUUGAAAUGCACAACUUUGAAAGUAUGGAGUUGAUCUUCAAGUUGUCUGAUAUGAUUUUAACUGCGAUGGCUGUACAUAUUUUUUUCGAUCUCUCCAGAGAGUUUUUAAACUGAACGAAGUAGUUUUGACACUGGUUCUGCAGGCCCUAGAAUCUUUGAGAAUUUGAGAAGUGCAAAGAAGUUAAGUUAUGAGUAGGCUCUCUGUGAUUAAAGGAGUUAUGUCACAAGAUAUUGCUGUUUUAGGUCAAUUCUGUGAUUAAGUCAUUAAUUAGUGUCCUUACCCAUACACAAAAUGCUCCUGUAGAGUUCUGUAGAAGAUAUCAGAGAACCAUUUUAACUUUUUGGGAUUUUUUUAUAGCCUGCGAGCAAGCUCUCCAGGGCGCUCUGGCGACGGGGUGGGAAAAGGAAGGAGAGCUUGCAACUACGUUUCUGGAAUUUGAAUAUCUGCAUGGAAAUAGUCGAUGCGAAAUGCUGAUUGGCGAAGAUGACAUUAAUAAUGAGGUUAUUAUCCUUGGCACGUGUUUUUCAAUGUUUGUUUACAUUCGCGCUCUUUUCCGCCUCACGCUGAUUGGCGGAAAUCUGACGGCUUAGUCGACGGGGAGCCACAGGGGAAUUGGAGGUGGAAUAUCAAAUUCCAGAGAAGAGACGUGUUGUAAGUUCUCCUUUUCUCUCCCGCCCCGCCGCCAGAGCGCCCCGGAUAGCUUGCUCGCCUCGCUGGCUAGAUUUAUAACAGUUGUAGCAUUUUAAAAAUGGCGCUACUUUUUCAAGUUUCAAUCUGUGUCCAUCCUUGCCAUCCGCAGCAACAAGGGUGCGUUUCUUUAAUAAAAUCCAAGAUCAGACCAGAAAUCCAGAUCAUUAGGAUUUUCCGUUAGGAAGAGAAACGAUGAAUCCAAAAAAGGAUUAUUUUUCAUUCAUUUCCAUAGAAACGACCCACAAUAUCGACAGUAUUUCGGAGAAAGAAUAACACGGCUGCUGACAGUGUUGAAAGUUUACUUAUCUUCCAUUGUAGUUUGGACCAUUAGCUCAAGGAUACUGAAGACAGGUUUUUGUUUUUCAAUAAGAUAGCAAAUAGCCUGACAUAGCUCUUUUAAACUUCUUCAUCACCAUCUCAUUGUAUGAAAUGCCUGGAGUGUGCAGCGGUUUUGCUUGACACUCCCUUAACAGUUGAGAGCAAGCAC